AUGAAACUACUGCCACGAUUUUUGGUAUUAAAAGAAGGCCAGAAGCGAGUACCAAUUCGAGUGAAAAGCUGUAACAAAGCUGGCUCCUUGGAGAGGCGUUCCUAUUCCAAGGCCGAAAAAGUUAUAGCCAAGCCCAGAAAUCUGAAACGUGGACUUGGGACGCGAAAAAUGAAGACGAUGACAAUCAAGGUAGGACACGACAUCGUAUUCGACGUGCCUGUCCGUGGUGAACCUCCUCCACAGAAGACGUGGAUGUUCGCAGAUAAACCGAUUGAUGAAUCCAAGGUCAAGAUUGAAAAUGAAGACUACAAGACCAAUUUGGUGCUUCGAAAUGCAACUCGCGCUAAUGCGGGGAAGUACACACUCACUGCGAAGAACGCAAGUGGUAUGGACACCCACAGCGUUGACGUCAUUGUUCUCGGACGACCAAGCGCUCCAGAAGGACCUUUGGAAGUCAGCAAUGUGUUCGAGGAAAUUGCCGAUUUGGCAUGGAGCACAGCGACGACGUUGGACUGCCGCAUUGACCAUUAUCGAUAUCGAAAGGCCUAG